GGGAUGGGGAGCCCGAGGACCUGGUGCACCCAGGGAGGGUUUGGUGCAGUGUCGCGCUUGGUGCCUGGGCGGGACAGCCCGGGUCCCAGAGAGAAAGCCCAGCGAGGGAAGGGGCACAGCGUUCACUUUCCGCUAGCGAUGUCCCAGGCUGGGGUGACAGUGCUGUUGACUUUUCGAUGAGAGCACACAGGCAGUGGGAGAGGCCAGGGCAAGGGUCCCAAAGAAGGCGUUUCCUGGCCGCGCCGAGGCGGGCCGUGUGGGAUGGCCCCCGGAGGCGCGCGGAGAAUCUUGCAUCUUGCGCGGGUGGGGUUGGGUGCCCUCUUACUGACCUGUGUGUGGCAGAAGGGGCUUCAGAGGCCACCGGGCAGUUGAUGGAGAAGGGAUUGGAUGGUACACCUCUGGGAAAAGAGGGCAGCAUCUCAAUCAGAAAAGCAUGGGGGGAGGGCGUACAGAGUCACAAACUUUACCCACGUGCCCUGAGGCAAGGGUCAGGGUGGGGUCUGAAGCUUAGCCAAGUGGCCCCUUCCCUACCCCAGAAACUGCCUGGGUGGAAUUUGAAUUCGGGGCUCACAGGUAAGGGGAGAGACGCACGAAUGGGGGUCUGCUCCUGUGGUCUACACCCUGGGUUUCCCUGGCAGCACAUGGAAACCUGGCAAUACAAAGCCCCAGCCCUGUACAUCUCAUUCUGCAUGGGGCUGCGUAAAGCGCCUUGAAGGUUUUGGCUGAUGAAUAGUGUGUUGCAGCUGCUGGGUGCUCUGCAAAGUGUAUUCAGAAUAACAAGAAUCAGAGCAUGAUUUCUUGCCUGAAGGCUGGGCAUCUGUCUAGUCAGAUGGGGCAGAACAAAUGCCCAGGGCUUCGCAGUUUGAGCCACCUGACCUUGAUUACCUGGCCAAUCAGGCUACCCUGGCUCAGUGGCAGACUCUCCCUGAGGAGGAAGAGCCUGGACAAGGACAUGCCCUUCCCCAGUCUUUGGGCAAAACAGGCAGGAGAGAGAGGGAGGUGCCCCAGACAAAGGGAAGCUGGCUAUUUGGCUUCGAUACCAAUAGCAGCUGGGCAAAAAAGUCAUUGCUUUGCAGAAGGGACAAGUCCCACCCUCUUCUUGCCUUUAGAGGGUCUCUGUCUAGAGCCCCUGAAGCAUGACACUGAAACCAAGUGUGUGGUGGCAGCUAAGUCACUUCAUGUCUCUGAGCAUCAGUUUCCCCAUCUGAAAUACAGUGGCACCUGCAGCUCUGUGAGGUCCUGAGGAUUGAGUGAUGCAGGUGGCGCAGCAGGUGGUGGCUGACCUUGGUACAUGGCGGCUACUGUCCUGAUGAUAAUUAGUAGGAGAGGGCCCAGGCCAUGGCUAGGGCCCAGUUUUGGAGGUCUCUCUUUCGGAGCCAUCACUGUGGCCAAGAUGAUGGAUUGGCAGGUAGCAGAGAGAGAUGGAGAGCUUCCUCCCCACAGGCACCUCUGGCUCCAGGGAUAAUCUUCACCUCCAGCUUCGGGCUCUGUGCGAGGACUUGUCUUGUGCAGAAAUGACCUGGCAGGGCCCGAGGCCUUUGGUGGCAGCUGAGGGUGGGGAAGAUGAAUGAGGCUGCACAGGCCUCUUGAGAUCUGGGUACAGGGUCUCAGAGCCCGAGGCCUUUGGUGGCAGCUGAGGGUGGGGAAGAUGAAUGAGGCUGCACAGGCCUCUUGAGAUCUGGGUACAGGGUCUCAGAGAGAGUGACAUGGGGGGUCACACUUUCAUGCUCAACGUGGAGCCAUUAAGGGAAUAAUUCAGAAGUAGGUGAGUGGCACUGCUUCUGGCUCCAGAGUGGGGGUGUAGGUGUUUGUGAGCGUUAGGAAGGACUAGGGCAAGUGGGGCACUUGUAGGCAGGUCCUGUGACCGGCAUCCAGAAACCAAAAUAGGCUGGUGAGAUGCCGAAGGAGUCAGGUGCUCGAUACAUCUUGCUGCUCACAGAGCUGGGAACCCUCCCUUCUGUUGGGUCCAACCAAGCUCUGGGCAGGGAAGGCAGGAGAUACCAUGUCUGGGGGGAAACUGAGGCACGGUGGGGUUAAAGGUCAGAUGACCAAGUUCAUGCCAGAACCCCAGCUGGGGUUGAGGGCAUUUGGCUUCCAGGGUUUUCUGCUCAGUCUCCUGGGGUCCCUGACUCAUAGCCCACUGACUGCCCACUGAGGCUUGCUGGGGUGCUGUCUCCAUACUCCCUGACAUCUGGCUAAGCCUGGGGACAAGGCAGACUCCUAGAGCCCCUUCUCAAAUCCCACAGCCUUCUCCACUUCCUCCAGACCAAGGUCAGAGUUCCUGCACAAUGUGGCCAUCCCUCCCUGACUUUGUCCCCUGUUCUUCCCGUUGUGCACUGCAGCCAGAUGGCCAGCCUCCUCCUGUCCCCAGAACACAUCUGCCUGUUGGCAGAGGGUAGGCUUCCUAGCUGCUCUCUCGGCUUGGGACACCCUCCAUGCCCCUCCUGGGAAGUAGCAGACUCCCUCCCCACUUCUUCCCUUCUGACGAAGCCACUUUCAAGCCGUCUUGGAAAUGGCCACGGGGUCCGGCACUCCUGACUCCCACCCAGUUCUGCCUUUUCUCCUUCCAGUAUCAUUUGCCACCUUCUAACUGACGUGCAACAAUAUUUACCUUCAAUGCUUUUGCCACCUGUCCUGCCUCUCCAAGCCCCUUGAGACCAACCUGACUGUUUUGUUCUAACAAAGGGCCUGCGGCACUUGGAAACUGCAGCAGUUAAUAUUCUGUGACCACUUGACUGGGCUGUGACUGGGCUGUCUCACUUAGGCAGGUGAGGCACUGUGGGUGUGUCUGUCGAGUGUUUCCGGUGACAUCAGCAGUAGGGUCUUGGGCUCUGUAAAGCAGACUGUUCUCUCCAAUGUACUGGGCACCUUUCAGUCCCUUGAGGGUGGGAAUACAGCAAAGGGCAGAGAAGGAGGGAUCCACUCUCUUUUGUGCCUGAGCUGGGAUUUCUCCCCUUCUCCUGCCCUUGAACUGGGACCUGUGGACAGAAAUUUACUGCUUCCUUCCCUUGGUCCCAACCUGCUAGAGACAGCUCAUGGGCCUUCUUAGCCUCCUUAAUCACAGAGCCAAUUCCUCCUAAUAUAUCUUAGCUGGGCCUGGUGGCAACUGUCAUGGUAGUGACUUGGAAGGUUGAGGCUGAGGUUUGCAAGUUCAAGGCCAGCUUCAGCAACUUAUUGGGGCUCUAAGCAACUUAACGAGAUCCCUGACUCAAAUAAAAAAGGGCUAGGGGUGGAGCUCAGUGGUAGAGCACCCAUGGAUUCCAUCUCCAGCGCCACAACAAUAAAUAAACAAAUAACACAUUUUAUAAACACACCUAUAAAAUGCUUCCCUCCUAUUGCUUCUGUUGCCCUGGAGACCCUGACUAGUACAACUGUUGGAAGGAUGAAUUGAUGAACUGAUAAAUUCACAUGUGCUCCUGCGCUGGGAUCAGCAUGGCCUCUUUUGGAAACUCAUGAGUCUCUUGGCUGCUUCUGAGUGACUUGGGUCGUCUUCCAAAGGGAGGGAGCCAGUGGAAAUUCAAUUCCUUGGUGUUCUUCCUUGCACACCCCUGGCCCCUGGGAAACUUGCCCACUAGGCUCUUCUCAUUGCCAUGGGUUUGAACUUCUCCCUCAUUCAUUCACCUGGUGGAUUUUUUUUUUCCUACACCCAGGAGUGAAUUGUUCAUUGUGUUGCAAAACACCAGUAUUGCCUACGUGUCCUGAAUGGGCACAGGAGCUAGAACUGUCCUGGAGUCUGUCAGUGGGCAUGGGGUAGGGGUGUUCCGGCACGGGAUCUAUGUGUUCUGAUUGCACCUGAUUCUCGUGAGUGCUGUGGCUCAGCUUGGCUCCACCUUUUCACCCCCCUGAACCCAGUACCCACAUCCUUGGGCACUAAUGCAAAGCCCUGCUAGGAACCCAGAGGGGUUUGUGCCCUGGGCAGUUAUUUUAUUUGUUGCUCUCUACUCAGAACUUUGAGGGCUGGCGGGAAUGUCAACUAGCGUACCCCUUCUGGGAAGCGACUUGGCAAUACAAAAAGCAAGAUGCUUUAAACCCCGGCACAUGGAAACCCCUCUAGGAAUCCAUCUGGAGGAGAAGGAAACAGACUCGUGAGCAAAGACGGGCAUUCUGGUGUUUGGGGGGCAGCCAUUGAAAAUGGCAUUUUUAUAGAAUAUUUAAAACUCUGGGAUAAUGCCAUAAGUACUAAGUAAAAGAUAUAAGAUUAUACAGUUGGAACUUCAGUUUGUUAAAUAUACAUGGAGAGAAACUAUAUAAAGCUUGGUGUGGGAAGGAUCUUGAUGGAAAUUAAUCCUGGAAGGGUCCUUCCUUUAAGAUAGUGCUUUCCUCUGGAAAAAAAAAUCACAUUUAUGGACUUAUAUGUGCAUGCAUUAUAUACAUCUGUGUAUGUUUCCUUCCAAGGAAGAUUUAUAAAGUGUGUACCCCAGACUUUCUGCUCAAACCUAAGUGUUUGAGUAGCUAUAAAUAUAUUUUUCAGAUGAAUGCUUUAAAUUGGGUUAAAGAGAGUGUGGAGUCCUCGUUCUCAUACAAAAAGGAGCCCCCUUCUGGUUUCCAAGUGGGGCUGGAGGCCCCGCACUUGGUGCUCUGCAGAGAAGUGGGUUUUGUGUCUGAACUUCCUGAGUUGAGGCUGGCCCGGGGCUGUCCCACCUUCAGUCCUUGUCCCCCUGGGGCUCUCUGCUGUGACUUGUAUAUCUUCUCAUCCCUGGCCUCUGGUUCCCCUCAUCCCUGUCCGUCCUUUUAUUACUGUUCCAUAAGGGUCCCCCACCCAGCCUGUCCCCUACCUGCCUUUGCUGCGUCAGUUGCUGCACCAAGACAUCAAGGAAGGCCCAAAGCAGCUGGUAGCCAGAGUCAAGGGCUUACUGACAGCUUUUCAGGUGUGUUUCUGACAAAUACAUGGCUGCGCCAGUCCUUUUUCCUGGCUCAGAAGGACAGAGCAGGUGUCACAGUCGGCCUGCUUGUCUCUUCUCCCCGCCAGGCUGUCCCCGUAGUUCAGAUCCGUUCCUUGCUUCUCUGAAACUCCCUAUUUAGCUUGCAGUGGUUGGCAGCUGCCCUUGACCUCCUAAUUUGUGUUCCAUACCCCUUGUGUGUGCCCUGGACACUUCUGGGUGGGGAGCCACUGGUGCUGCCUUCCUCCUCCAUGUGCUUCCUGGGGACACCCACGGUUCUGGCCUGGAAGCUUAUGGUUGGGUUAAAGAGAAGUGCAGUUAUGGCCCCAAGGGAUCACAAAGAGAGUAGCUUCCAGUUUCUUGCAUGGAGGGGCCCCUCUGGCUUUGUAGGGGCUCAGCACAAAGGGUGGGGUCUCUUCCUAUACACCCCUUCCUUCUUUUAUUUAUUUAUUUAUUUAUUUUGUACUGGGGAUUGAACCCAGGGGCAUUUAAGCACUGAGCCACAUCCCCAGCCCUUUUAAUUUUUUAUUUAGAGACAGGGUCUUGCUGAGUUGCUUAGGGCCUUGCUAAGUUGCUGAGGCUGACUUUGAACCUGUGAUCCUCCUGCCUCAGCCUCCUGAGCUUCUGGGAUUACAGGGUGUCCGCAGGCCUGGAGGUGCCCAUGCUUUGCUAAGGAGGUGCACUUCCAGGCAGGGCUGGGCCACGCAGGCUCUUGGCCCAGCAUCCUUCUGCUGGGAACCCCUGGCAGCCACUUCUGUCAGUUCAAGGGAAGAUUCUAGAAGAGACGGUGAUUGUCUCCUGGGCAGUUCAUGGGCAGCAACAGGAGUUCCUGGGUGUGGCUACCAUGCUGCAGUGUAGACAGGCCCAGGAGUUCAGCUUCGGCCCUCGGGCCCUGAAGGAUGCGCUGGUCUCCAGUGACGCCGGCCUGCAGCAGCUCUACGCCUCGGCCUUCACCCCGGCAGAGAGGCUGUUCCUGUCCGAGGCCUACAAUCCCCAGAGGACCCUCUUUUGCACACUGCUCAUCCACUCGGCCUUUGACUGGCUGCUGAGCCACCCCGAGGCCCCUGAGGACUUCCAGACGUUCCACACCUCCCUGCAGCACCGGAAGCAGAGCCUGGCUCGGAAGCACAUUUACCUGCAACCAAUAGAUCUGAGCGAGGAGCUGGCAGGAUGCCCCCUGCUGGACCACCUGCGGAGCUGCGUGGAGGCCUUCUUCUUGGGCUUGCGGGUCAAGUGCCUGCCCUCUAUAGCGGCUGCGUCCAUCCGUUGCUCCUCGCGCCCCAGUCAGGACUCUGGUGAGCGGCAGCUCCACACAGAUGGUAUCCUGUCCUUUUUGAAGAACAACAAGCCAGAUGACGCACUGUGUGUGCUAGGCCUCACGCUUUCUGACCUGUACCCCCACGAGACCUGGAGCUUCACCUUCAGCAAGUCCCUCCCAGGGCAUGAUGUGGGAGUCUGCAGCUUCGCCCGGUUCUCAGGGAAAUUCUCUCAGGUGGGGCCCAAUGACCUUGAUCCAGGUCUGCUUGAGGAGGCAGCAAAUGGCCCUGAGACCCCGCUGCAGGACACAGGCAGGAGCCAUUGCUUCAGUGCCCUGGGGGUGGUACAGUGCUGCAAGGUCACAUGCCAUGAACUCUGCCACCUCCUGGGCCUGGGGAGCUGCCGCUGGCUCCGCUGCCUCAUGCAAGGGGCGCUCAGUCUGGAUGAAGCCCUGCAGCGGCCCCCAGACCUCUGCCCCAUCUGCCUGAGGAAGCUGCAGCACGUCCUGGGUUUCCGGCUCGCUGAGAGGUACAAGAGACUCCUCGCCUGGACCCAGGCAGCAGCAGGUUCGUGGCCCUGCCAGGAGGCAGGAGAGCCAUCUAUGUCGGAGGACACCCCACCCUUCAGCGCAGACUCUGGCAUGUGCUGUGAGAGCGACUCAGAGCCUGUCACCAGCCUAUCAGAGCCCCUCACCCCUGACGCAUGGAGUCAUGCCUUCCCUGAGGGACCCGAGGAUGGGCAGAGCUCCCUGGUGGCCUCAGAGGCUCUGCCGAAGCUUGAGGGCCCUGUGGAGGCCAUCAAGGAGCACGGACGGUGGCUGGCCACAUGUAUCCAGGCCCUGGAACGGGAAGUGGCCGAGGAGGAGCUCGCGCAGGUGGACAGGGCCGUGGAUGCCCUGGACCGGUGGGAGAUGUUCACAGGGCAACUCCCGGCUACCAGGCAAGACCUGCCCUGUGUCAGGGACAGUGCAGGGCUGCGCAAGGCCCUGGGGGACAAGCUCUCCUCCCUGAGGCGGCGGCUGAGCACACGCAGACUCCCCAAGGCCGAGUCCUCCCCCUGCCGCUGGGAGGGGGGUAGUUAGUGCAGCAAGAUGGCCUGUCCCCUGCAGAAAAGUCAGCGCCUGGCGUCUCUCCCCAGGACACCAACUGACCACUGCUGUCCAGCCACCAAGGGCAUGGUGAGCCCAGCAGCGCUAACAGAAGCCCUCAGAAUGAGGAGGCUGCUUCUAGCUGGCUCCUUGGGUCCCUGUGCCCACUGCUUACCGCAAAGCACAGCCUGGUCCCAGGGCCCCCAUGGCAGCCUGGGGAGCACCCCGCCCCUCUCCUGGGCGCCACCGUGGUCUGAGGGCCAGGGGGGAGCUGUGCGCUUGCCUUCUCCCUGCAGGCUGGGCUUUGGGCCUGCUGCUCCCUCUGGUUACUUCCAGCUAGAGCUUGAAAAGUUAUCCAGGCCAGUGGUGACCCUGGGACAUGGGCUGUGCUGCUGCUAACUGGGCUCCAGGGUCCCCUCAAAGUGGAGCCAUGGGGUUUUGUUUUGUCUCUGAACUUGAGACUCACGGGGGUCUGUCCUUUUGGACCCACACUGCGGGAAGGCAGGUGUCUAACCUACAAGUUUAAGGGGCAGGAGGGUGGAGCCUCCUUAUCCCCUGAGGUCGCCUGCUGUCACUCAGUGGUGAAAACACACUGCAGCCCCAUUCUUGGGACUGUUUUCUGACCAAGGUGGCUGUGCUGUCAGUGGGCACUAGGCCGCAGUGGUGCCAUGUGGGGUCAGUUUGUACUAGGCCAUCAGGUGCCUGUGCUGGUGCCAGCAGGGUGCAGCUCAUGUCUUCAGUGACAUCUUUUUGGCUGAGUUCUAUCCCAUUCCUGAGAGCAGUUAGGACACCGUCCACACGUGGCAUUGUCUGUGACCCUUUCAUUUUUUGGUCCCAGGGAUUGAACUCAAGGGUGCUUAACCACUGAGCCACAUCCCAAGCCCUAUUUUAUUUGAGAUGGGGCCUCACUAAAUUGCUUAAGGUCUUUCUAAGUUGCUAAGGCUGGCCUUGCCUUGAAUCUGUCCUCCUGCCUCAUUUGAUUCCCACCCCCUCAAAGUGACCUUUUUAUCACUAUCAAAUGUCCCAGCCUGAGAUAGUAGGAUCCUGCAGAGUGAAGCAGGUGGAGUCCCAGCUUUUCCCUCACUGGAAAGAGGCAAGAACAGGAAGCUUAGACAGUUUCGAAUUGUUUCUGAGAAAAAACUACAAAUAUAGACCUAGAGGGAGGCUGAAGCUGCCUUGUGACUGUGACACUACUGUGGGGCAAAAGGCAAGUCCCAGGCCCAGAAAAAUGCAAAGGGUUAAGGUCAUCUGAGCCUGGAAGCAAAGUCACACCUCUGACGCAGUAUCGGCACCCUCCCCAGGCCCCCAGGCCAUUCUUGCCAUCUCAUACAGGUGUCCCAUGGUCCAGGUUGUCCUUGCAAUGAGAUGAAGGGACUCACGCUACGGCUCAUACAGCUGCCCGUGUCUUCGAGCAAGGAGCACAGCUGGGCCUCGACGCCCAGGCCCUGGGAGUCCUCCAUCAGGCCCAGGCUCCCUGGGUAGCUGUGGCCUUCCUAAGCCUCAUGUCAGAGCCUCACCCUGCUGGGCAGUCACUGAGGCCCCUGCAGGUCCCUGGGAGGGACACAGACGCCACCUCUGAAUGGAGGUGUGGCAAGUUUCUGGAAGGACGUACCACUUGGGGAAAUAACAUUGUGGCCAUUCGUGAGAAGCUGGCCCUGGUCGGUGUUGGUGGCCUGGGUUUCACUAUCAUGACGGCCACAUGGUCUUACCUGAGGCCACUCUUCUGUCCUCUGCAAGAGGUGAGUUACUGGAGUGGCGGAAGAUUCAAUGAGGGUAACAAAUAGCCAGGUGUGGACGGAGGGCAGGAGGCCAUCAGGGUCAUCCACCCCUGGCCUUUGGCUCCUAACUGUCAUGAGUCCCAAGGGGGCACAUGGAGGUGGGAGGCAGUAAACCACUAAAGCCAGAAGCUUCACCCAGAGGCUUUUGAAGACUGGUGUCAGGAGGACGUUUUGAAAAGCAGCUUCCUCUGCCAUGUUUCCCUCCUCAUACGCUGGCCCAGGUUCUGUCCUUGACAGGCGAAGGGUAAUGGGACAGUCACCACGGGAGGAGGGUAAGGAGAGGAGGAGCCAAGUGGGGCUCACGGACCUUCCUAAACUCGAGCUGGAGAUGUCGCAGCUGUGGUGUUGACAGGUGUGGUCUGCAGGGUCCCGGGGCCAUGGCAUCUAAAAUGUCAAAGAAACGCACAAGCUGACUCAGCUGCUCCUCACCUGCUCUGUCAGGGGUCCCUGGGGUGCAUGAGGACAGGUUGACAGAUCCUCCAAGAGCCUGGCACGUCUUGGUCAAGCUGGAGGCGCUUGAGAGGAACUAAGUAGUUUGGGGUCAUGACACGUCACCUGUGUCACUAGGACAUCGAGCCCUGGGUCCACAUGUUCCUUUUCAGGCUCAGGGUCAUGACAUGUCACUUCCAUAGAACAUCUAGCCCCUGGCUGCACACGCCCUUCCCCAGGCUUUGACCAGGGGCCAAGUUGGAGGGGCCCUAGACAGAGGGAGCAGAUCCCUCUUUCUACCCAAAGCCCAGACUCGCCAUCCAAGGAGGGGAGAAGCAUUUCACUCCUGCCCGUGGUGGGAACCCUCAUAGAGCAGGAGAGCUAGUGUAGCUCUGCACCCCAUUUCCAGGGCAGAGUCUGAAAAGGGGUGCCGUCCUGUGAGCCAGCCCAUGGGACAUCUGAUACAGACCCCUCUGUGAUGAAAGAACUCUCCAGAGGGCUUAAAGCACAGACAAGCACUGGCUGAGUCAAGAAACUAAUGGUGGGGCUGUGUUCAAAUUUAGAGUCCCUCCAAGGUCAAAUGGGAUGCUAGAACAUUCCAAGGAUGUGCCCAUGUUCAGAAGGUUCACACACAAUGCUAAGACUAGCCACUCUCCAGACCCAAGGGGCAGGGACAGCCAGGCCUCAGAAGGAUCAGCUGCUGAUCUUCCACCUCUUAGCGGUCCCACUGAGGACCAGGGGAUAUUGCAUGCCCAUCACCCUCAAUUCUCAAAACAGCAGUGGCAGAUGUCAUUGUUGACAUCUGCUCUGUGGCUGUGGAGGCUGAGAUGCAGCUUGGUGACCUGCCCAAGCCUCAGUGGUGGUGGAACCAAAUUCAGGCUCCUUUGCCCCAGAGGGAGCUUCUUCGUUUCCCCACCAUAUUCCACAGGCUCCUUAGGGAAGAAAGCAAACUGGAUGUGUCUGAGCAGGAAGCAGAGCGGGGGCGGCACAGGCAUCUGGGGGUUGCACUCCAGCACUGAGCCAGUUCCUGAUAUCACCAGGAAGCUCCCCAAGGAACAUGGGGUGGGUGGCAGUGCUCUUAGGUGCCAACCACAACAGAGCCCGGGGUGCUGCGGCUCUGUGGACUUGCUUCUAGAAAGAGGGUGAAUCCCCAGGAAGGAUGCCGCCACCCAGUGGAUGGAGCAGCAGGGUUUCCUGAGGACGUGCUCAGAUCUGCAGGAUGGAGGUCGCUUUCUCUGCGGCUCCCCUGGAGCAGCUCCAGCCAGGCUGGAAGGACACAGGCUGGAAGGAACUGCGGUCUUCUGUGAGCACAUGAGCCUGAUCCUGAAGGUGGAGGAGGGGGGAACUGCACACAGAGGGACCUGGUUUCAGUGAAACCCAAGGAAAGAGCAAAUGACAACCCUUAGAACAACAGGCUGCCAAAGAGUAUUUCCAAGUAAUCAAGGAAAUUCCCGCCUUACUAUAAGAGGAGCUCGGCUUUUGAAAGCUGGUAGAAUAAAUGCAGACAACCAGUGGGGAUGGACAACUGUCGUUUUGAAACGAGUUUGAGAUGAAACCAGAUUCUAUGCUUUUGCUGGUUGGUGGGGUCUGCCUAAGUCACAGGCCUCUGCAGCUGAGAAAGCCCAUGUUAGUGUUAGCCGCUAAACACUCCUGGGGAUGCCUGCUGGAGUCAGCAGCCAGCAAAGCCCGAUUCUUUUCCACCCCUGAGUUGCAUGUUGCAGCUCUUACUGGGGUUUUUUUUCCCUCCAGUGUCACAGCAGACCCCAGAAGCUCACUGCUAACUUCUUUCCAGGGUCUUGUCUUGCAAAUCAGAAGAAUGAAAUUCACAGACAAUGGAAGACAAGAGUGAAAGGAGCAGGAUUUAUUCUAGUGGGAAGACAAGACACAGAACUCUUGCAGGGAAACAGGGGACCAGAUAGUAGGUUGACAUUUGAACUAGGGGUUUAUAUAGCCCUUUGGUGAACACUGUUAGUCCAAAUUCAUGCUAAUCAGAGUUCUUUUUUUUUUUUUUUUGGUACUGGGGAUUGAACUCAGGAUCAUUCAACCACUGAGCCACAUCCCCAUCUCUAAUUUUAUUUAAAGACAGGGUCUCACUGAGUUCCUUAGUGUCUUGCUGUUGCUGAGGCUGGCUUUGAACUCACAAUCCUCCUGUCUCAGCCUCCCAAGCCACUGGGAUUAAAGGCAAGUGCCACUGCUCCUGGCUUAAUCAGGUGUUAGAAAAUACCAAUGCUACUGGUUAGCCCUGGUCUGAACUUUCAGGUCUGCCCCCACUUCUAGUUUUCCUGAUGCUCAUGGGGGAAGUGGGAGGUUGAGGUCAGAGGAUCAUGGAUGCUCCAGGGUUCAGGUGGAUGGUGCUAUGUGGACUAGGUGUCCCUACCAGCCCAGGCUCAGCUAUUGAGGUGUGACAGGUCCACUCACUGUGGGGUGCCUCGGCCCUGGCUUGCCAUGCCUCAGGCCCACACUGGCAUGGUGGGCUCUGUGGGCCACAACCUGUGCUCACUGUCCAUACUCAAACCCACCUGGGCCACUGUUUCUGGGACUUGGCUUAGAUUCACUUUCCUUUCCCAGCACCACAUCACAUCAUCUCAAAACAGGACAAGCUGAAAAUACUGAGGCUUAUUUUUGAGCUCAGCUUCCUGGGGAAGAGACAACAAAAUCAAACUUCCACCAGGAGUUUGUUUUAAAAAGCAAAUUACCACACAAAAAAAGCAAAUUCCCAGAAAUAUUUAGAUGUUAGUUUUCAGUUAACCCCCCCACACCAGGCACUCCCACUGACAGUUGGAGGCAAGCAGAAUACUCACCAAAAAGCUGGCAGGCUUCAGAGACCCUGCUUCUCACAAGUAAUUGCCGCACAAGGGUCUGCAAUGAGCACCUCUCCUCAGACCCUCUCCAUCACUCCAGCUUUCCGCAUUAACUAGAAAUGAGCAGCCAGGGCCCACAAGCAAGGCCACCCCAGAUGCCACAACCUGGGCCUGUGAAUGACACUGCACUCAUUCUGACAUGGGCCAGGCCAUUGCACCUGGGCUCUCCGCUCCUCCUCUGGCCCCAGCCACAAUGUCCCACCCCUCACGGCAUGUGCUGUCUUACACUGUGUCCCACCCAGGCCCCUUCCUGGCAUAGGGUGCCUGUCUCCCACGGGUGCCUGGUUUUCUGGUUGAAGCACAAAUGCUACUUCUUGGCAAAGGUGACGUGUCUGCUCGCUUUGCCCCCAUGCUCCACAUGCACCUUCUGUUUCUUUAUGAACUUUACCACCAUCUGUGAGUUUGUUUCUGGGGCUGUUACAGGUCUGUGGUCAGCGGGAGCUCACAAGGACCACGACUCUUGGGCACACACACCCACCUGCCAUGCAAAGCAGCUUGGAUCAAUUGGAAGCCAUUCCUCCUCAGGGGGCCUUUAGGGAGCAGGAACAUGACUUCCUGUUUCUUCCAACACCCGCCUACAGGAAGGCCAUGUUACUGACCACUCUCGACUGCUGGCCGUUUUCACCUGAGGAACUGAUUUCACUGGGCUUGCUCUGUGGUCAGCGCCCAGCUGGGCCCACAGUGCGGAGGCCAAUCAGGCCCAGCGGUGGAGGUCCCUGUGGUCAGCCCAUCAGUGCUGAUGCCCUGGAGGAGCGUGGCCUCAUGGGCAGGCCUGUUGCCCUGGUUUUGUUAAACAGGGAGUCCCAGAGACCAGGAAACAGAGGUUGUCAAAGGGGCCCCUGGGAAGAGGGGACAGCACAUGAGGGCCCAGUGGAGAGAAAGCACACUUUCCCUGGGGGUCACUGGAAUGACUGGCAGGGGUGUGGAGGGUGCCAGUCACGGUCCAAGUGGGCAGUAGGAGAGGAGUAGGGCGGGAGCAAACAUGAAAAGUUUUUGUUUUUCUGAAUGAGAUCGGGCCUGGGAGUGACCUACGGCAUUUCCUUCAUGUCCCACCAGGGGCUCCACAGGUCCCUCUAGUGGAUGGGCAGGGCAGGGCAGGGCUGGUGUCAGCAUGGCACCAUCCAGCUCUGAAGGGACAGAAUGGAAGCUGCUGGGGCUGUGAGGGCAGCGGUCUAAAUGUCAAGAAUUCCCUCUCAUUCCUGCUGCUGCUGCCUUCCCGUCACAUCUCCCUGAAGCAGUCACUUUACAUGGGGCUCUUGAGAGUCAUGGACCCCAAGCAGGAGAGGUGCUCAUAAAAGGUGGUGGUGGGGGGUGUGUCCCAGGAGGAGUCCCCUGCCCUGGUUGCAGCACCUGGCUGUGACAGGCCUCCUGUGGUGACGGCUUGCCUGCUCACAGGGCACUGUUCCUAAGUCCACCUAAAUUCAGGAAUCAGUACUGAGACCACAGGUGACCGACACACAGCAUGUUCUGUUAUCAGAUUUUCUAGAGUGCUUCCCUGUUACAUCUCAAUACUGCUGUAAGCCCAAAUCAGAAGUGUAAGUGACAUGGGAGAAGUCCUCAUUUCAGCUCAGUCAGUGCUUCCUGUUUGGAAUGCGAGGCUUCCACGGGAGUCCCUCUACAAGGUGCCAUUCCUCCUGCUUGUAGCAGUGAAUGGGCCACUCUUCCCUGUGCAAGGCCUCCUCUGAGUCGCUCUUGCUGUACUGCUGAGGAUGGGCUGGGAGCCCUGGCCACCUAGACAUCCAUACAUUGAGUGACCAGCAGGCGCCUCCCAUCUUCAGUCAUUUGCUGGAAGUCUUAGAAAGACCUAUUAAAUUGUCACUUCAUCAGU